GCUGAAGGGGAGUCCACGCGGAACAAAAUGCCCCCUGCGGCGCUUUUGCUUCACUCCGCGCAUGAUGAGCCGGGCGGGAACGUGCCCGCCACGCCCACAACACCGUGAGGAAAAGGGGGCCUCCGCCACACAGACGCUAGUGGUGAUGACUUUGACUUUUACGCCAGAGCCUAAAAAAAAAAAAAAAAAGAUUGGAGAUAAAUUGCACCUUUUUUUUUUCAAAUUUCAACAAAACAUGUCAUAAAAAGGAGAAAAUUGCAAAUAGUUUGACAUAGAUGUACAUUUUGAAGUUUUUCAGAUAUAAAGCAAAUAAACUGGGCAGAGGGGUAAAAAAGGAUGAAAAAAUACAUUUUUGGGAGGGGUGGGAUUAAAAAUACAUAACUCCAAACUGUCACCCAUGUUGAAACACAAGCAUUGGAAAAGUUGUAUUUUGUUCUCCUUACAAAACUAACAAAUUGCUAUUUUUUUUGGUGGUGGGAACCAAAACAAAACUGUCAAACAUUUUGGGAUUUUUUUUGUCAGAAUUUAUUUUUUUUAAAUGAAUUUUGUGUUAUGUAAAUUUGUAAAUGGCUGAAUGUUCGACUCGUGUUGGGGACGGGGGGGGGGGGAGAUUUGGUUGUAAUUUCUCUUAAAAAUUUGAACAUCAGACAGAUUGACUUGCGCAAAUAGGAGCAGCCUCGCCUCGCACUUUGCCGGCUGAAAUUGAACGUUGAAGCACGAGAGGGUUUCAUCCCGCACCGUGCUUUGACUAGCAUUCAUUAUUGAUCGCGUUUAAUGAAUUCCAAAGAGCUUGCAACCCGACGAUUAAUUAAACAGGAGUAUUAAUGAAGGGCGGGGGAGCGCCAUUUUACAUGCUCUGACUCACGGCAACAAUCUCUGAAAAUUUUUAAGGGUUGCGAAAACAAACUUAGGGGGGGGGGGCAAGAAACUUUCCGAACCGAUGGCUGGGCCUGCUCCGUUGACAUAUUUCAAGAUGAACCCUUGAGCAACGAGAAACAACCAUCAGUCACCUGCUCCAAUACUUUUGCUCACUUGAGUAGAUUAAAGCAAAAAAUGUAAAAAAAAUAAAUACAUUCACGAGGCCAUCUUGGAUCUUGAGUCUCCACCAAUGCUCGCAAUCCUUCCUGUGAUGGUCCCCCAACAUCAGUCGUGUUGUUGGGGUGGGGGGGGGGGGGGCGCGCCUCAUCCUCAUCCACAACGUGGGCAAAAUAUUUGACACCCUCCCCCCUAGAAAACCAGGUGGAAUCCACUCACAUGGUGUAUACGUCAGCAAAAUCCAAAGUUGCAUACGUAGGCAGCUCGGGGGGGGGGGGGGGUGCAUCGCAUUUUAUUUACAUUUAUUCAGCGGCGCAGGUGCACUUAAUCAUUUGACCACAGCCCUCACGCCGGCGUCGCCGCAGGUUUUCUCCUCUCAGCUGAUGAGGGCGAUGACGUAGGCAGCCGCGCUCGCGCGCGCGGGAAUGAGCCGACGCAAACCAUUGGACGCCGCCACCAAAAAUAAUCAUAGUAAUGUAACCCCCAACCCCCCCACCCCCCUCCAUUAAAAAAAAUGAAAGAGAUGAGGAGGCGGUCACGGAGCGAUGCGGAAGAGCGUCACUGAAUGUAGAAGAGGAGAAAGAAGAACGUCGUGUGCGCACCUUCGCACGCCGGAGAUCGCCGAUUCCACUGCUCGGCGCCCGAGCGCGAGCCGCUGCGAGCAUCCACAUCAAGGGCGAGGACCUUAAAAUACUCACCCUCGCUUCCUUUUCCUCCCCCCCCCCCCCCCUUCCUCGCCCCUCCUCCUCUUCCUCCCUUGUCACUGACAGCUUCGCUCAGUCCCGCCAGACGUGAGGAGCUUCUGGGGUUAGGAGGACGUCACCACCACCAUUUUUUUUCCUUUGGGAGGGGAAUAUGUGGUGCUGCUUCCACACCAGCUAACCAGGUGAUCAAAGUCAAGGCCCAGUGCUGGAUCAGCAGCGCGGUGAGGACCCUUGAGAGCACGGAGGGCGCAUGGAGGGCUCAAGGCCCGCAAGUCCGAGGCGCUCGGCCCGCCUCGGCUUAGGACUGCUUUCAGCGGCCAUCGCCUUCCUCGGCGCGGAGGCCCGGACCACGCCGAGCCCGCCGCUCAACCCCGACAACGCCACUUGCCCGGGGAACUCCAAAUGCACCCCCGGCAUCAUCUUACCCAUCUGGUACCCCGAGGACCCGUCCAUGGGUGACAAGAUCGCGCGUGUCAUCGUGUACUUUGUGGCCAUGAUCUACAUGUUCCUGGGCGUGUCCAUCAUCGCCGACCGCUUCAUGGCGGCCAUCGAGGUGAUCACGUCGCAGGAGAAGGAGGUGCUGAUCCGCAGGCCCAACGGCGAGACCACGGCGGCCACCAUCCGCGUGUGGAACGAGACGGUGUCCAACCUGACCCUCAUGGCGCUGGGAUCUUCGGCCCCGGAGAUCCUGCUGUCGGUCAUCGAGGUGUGCGGCCACGAGUUCAGAGCGGGCCAACUGGGGCCGUCCACCAUCGUGGGCAGCGCCGCCUUCAACAUGUUUGUCAUCGUGGGCCUGUGCGUGUCCGUCAUCCCCCAGGGUGAGGUGCGCAAAGUCAAGCACCUGCGAGUGUUCUUUAUCACGGCCGGCUGGAGCAUCUUUGCGUACGUCUGGCUCUACAUGAUCCUGGCUGUGUUCUCGCCCAACGUGGUUCAGGUCUGGGAGGGCCUCCUGACGCUGGCCUUCUUCCCCGUCUGCGUGCUCCUGGCCUGGCUGGCCGACCGCCGGCUUCUCUUUUACAAGUUCAUGCGCCGCAAGUACCGCGCCGACAAACACCGCGGCGGCGUCAUCAUCGAGAACGAGGCCGAUGGCUCCUCCAAGGCCAUGGAGAUGGACGGCAAGAUGCUCAACUGCCACUCGGCCCGCGCCGCCGGCAACCCCGCGCCGGUCCGCGAGCCCGACGAGUCCCGCCGCGACAUGAUCCGCAUCCUCAAGGACCUGAAGCAGAAGCACCCGGAGAAAGACCCGGACCAGCUGGUGGAGAUGGCCAACUACCACGCGCUGUCCCACCAGCAGAAGAGCCGCGCCUUCUACCGCAUCCAAGCCACGCGCAUGAUGACGGGCGCCGGCAACAUCCUGAAGAAGCACGUGGCCGAGCGGGCCAAGCGCUGCGCCGACGCCGGCCAAGUCGGCGCCGACGAGCCCGAGGAAUACGUCUCGCGCGUGGCCUUCCAACCCGCCGCCUACCAGUGCCUGGAGAACUGCGGCGCCGCCAUCCUCACCGUGGCCCGACGGGGCGGCGACAUGGGUAAGACCGUGUGCGUGGACUACAAGACGGAGGACGGCUCGGCCAACGCCGGCGCCGACUACGAGUUCACCGAGGGCACGCUGGUCUUCAAGCCCGGCGAGUCCCUCAAGGACAUCAGCGUGGGCAUCAUCGACGACGACAUCUUCGAGGAGGACGAGCACUUUUUCGUGCGCCUGGGCAACCUGCGCGUGCUGGAGACGGAGGAGGAGCCGCUGUCGGCCGACAGUCUGCCGUACCCGAAAGCGGCGCUGGGCUUCCCCGCCGUGGCCACCGUCACCAUCCUGGAUGACGACCACGCCGGCAUCUUCACCUUCGAGAGCGGCGCCGUGCGCGUCAGCGAAAGCGCCCGCGUCGCCGAGGUCAAGGUGCUGAGGACGUCGGGGGCACGGGGUACGGUCGUUGUGCCUUACCGCACCCUGGAGGGGCUGGCCAAGGGGGGCGGCGAGGAUUUUGAGGACGCCUACGGCGAGUUGGAGUUCAAGAACGACGAGACCUGCAAAAUUAUUCAGGUGAAAAUCAUCGAUGACGAGGAAUACGAGAAGAACAAGAACUUCUUCCUGGAGCUGGCAGAGCCUCGUAUGGUGGAUGUGAGUCUUCAGAAAGACGUACCGGACAGGAAGUUGACGUCGGACGAGGAGGAAGCCAAGCGCAUCGCCGAAAUGGGCAAGCCAUUUCUGGGCGAGCACGCCAAGUUGGAGGUCAUCAUCGAGGAAUCCUACGAGUUUAAGAGCACCGUGGACAAGCUGAUCAAAAAGACCAACCUGGCUAUGGUGGUGGGCACCAAUUCGUGGAGAGAACAGUUCAUGGAGGCCAUCACCGUCAGCGCAGACGAGGACGAGGAUGACGCGGGCGAGGAGCGUCUGCCGUCGUGCUUCGACUACGUCAUGCACUUCCUGACCGUGUUCUGGAAGGUUCUGUUCGCCUGCGUGCCACCCACCUACUACCUGAACGGUUGGGCGUGCUUCGUGGUGUCCAUCGUCAUCAUCGGCCUGCUCACCGCCAUCAUCGGCGACCUAGCGUCGCACUUUGGCUGCACCAUCGGCCUCAAGGACUCGGUCACCGCCGUCGUCUUUGUGGCACUUGGGACCUCCGUGCCAGACACGUUCGCCAGCAAGGUGGCGGCGGUGCAGGACACGUACGCCGACGCCUCCAUCGGCAACGUGACCGGCAGCAACGCCGUCAACGUGUUCCUCGGCAUCGGCCUGGCGUGGUCGGUGGCCGCUAUCUACUGGCAUAACAAGGGAAAGCCCUUCGUGGUGGAAGCCGGCUCGCUGGCUUUCUCCGUCACGCUCUUCACCAUCUUCGCCUUCCUGGCCGUCACGGCGCUGCUGUACCGACGGCGGGCGCAUAUCGGGGGCGAGCUGGGCGGGCCCCGCGGGUACAGACUGGCCACGUCGGGCUUCUUCUUCAGCCUGUGGUUCCUCUACAUCCUCUUCUCCAGCCUGGAGGCCUACUGUCAUAUAGAAGGCUUUUAGAUGGACAGGAAUUCAUCUGAGAAGGACCACGAGAGGCACGGUAUGACUUCCAACCACGCCCUUGUCUCUCACGCCAGCCCCCCGCCCACACACACACACACACUUCAAGCCCUUCCGCUGGGCUUACACGGAAGGUGGUGCUGCCCACCCUGCGCAGACCUCCCGGGGGAUUGCCCAGAAGAUGCCAAGGAACGGGGUCCAGCAUUCCACCAGAAAGGAGGUAACUGCAGUCUUACACCUCUGGAGAAAAUCUAUUUUUCUCAACACCAUGACCUGGAGCAACACUUUUUUUAAAGAAAAGUAUUUUGGCGAUAAAACUGCAAAAAAAAAAAAAAAAAUAGCAAAA